AUGUUUUUUCUCUUGUUUUCUGUGUUUUUCCUUCCCUCAUCUCCCCUCCUCUUCCCCUCAGGAAUCCCCGACUUCCGCACGCCGGGCACCGGGCUGUACGACAACCUGCAGCGCUUUGACCUUCCGCGCGCGGAGUCUAUCUUCGACCUGGACUACUUCAGGGAGAGGCCCGGGGCGUUCUACGAGCUCUGCCGCGAGAUGUGGCCCGGGAAGUUUAGCCCCACGCCCGCACACUACUUCCUCAGGCUGCUCCAAGAGAAGGGGCUGUUGCUCCGAUGCUAUUCGCAGAACAUCGACUCCCUGGAGAACCAGGCGGGGCUCAGGCCCGAGAAGUUGGUGGCCGCCCACGGCAACUUCGACGAGGCACACGUGAUAGACACCGAGCCAGAGGUCGCGGUGCCCAUUUCGGAGUUGCGCGAGGCGGUGCUCAGCGGCGAGACCGGCUGGCAAGGGCUGCGGGAGAAGUAUGGCAACCUCGUCAAGCCGAAGAUCGUCUUCUUCGGCGAGGGCCUCCCCGAGCGGUUCAUCCGCCUGCACCAGCAGGACAUGGCGAGCUGCGACCUGCUGAUCGUGAUCCGGAAGAAGACAAGCCUGGUCGGCAAGGCGGCCCCUGGGGCGCCGCGGCUGCUGAUCAACCGCGACCCCGCCGGGACGUGUGACGGGCUCGCCAGGGGCUUCCGCUUCCACCUGGAGGAGGAGGGCGCGAACUGGCGGGACGUCUGGUACCAGGGCGAUUGUGACGCCGGGUGCGAAGAGCUGGCGCGGGCGCUGGGCUGGUCGGACGACCUCGAGGUGCUCGUGGAGUCCGUGGGGCAGGCGCUCGCGGAGUCCAGGGGCUCCGCCGCGGUGGCCCGGGCGCCGUGGGCCGAGGCCGAGUCCUGA